AUGAUGCACCCGGAGAUGCCGAUUUGCAACACCUGUGGCGAACAAGUUGGGUUUGUUUCUAAUGGGAGUGGAGUGUUUGUCGGCUGCCAUGAGUGUAAUUUCCCGAUCUGUAAAGCUUGUUUGGAUUAUGAGAUCAAGGAAGGGCAUAAUGCUUGCAUACAAUGUGGUACCCCUUAUGAUGGAAGCUUAACAAAUGUUGCAGAAAAGGAGCCUGUCACCCACACUACCAUGGCUGGUCACCUUAAUCACAGUCAGGAUGCUGGACUUCAUGCAAGAAAUAUAAGCACUGUAUCAACAGUGGAUAGUGAAAUGAUUGAUGAAGAUGGGAACCCAAUCUGGAAGAACAGGGUCGAAAGUUGGAAGGAUAAAAAGAACAAGAAAAAAAAGAGUGUCGCUAAAGUUGCUAAAGAAGUUCAAAUUCCUGUAGACCAACAGAUGGGUGAAAAGCAGGGGUCAACAGAGGCGAAUACAAUGCAACCACUUUCACAAAUAGUUCCAAUUCCAAAGAGCCAAAUCACACCUUAUAGAGUUGUGAUUAUAGUGCGAUUGAUCAUUUUGGGACUUUUCUUUCAUUACAGAAUAACAAACCCAGUUGAAAGUUCUUAUGGUUUAUGGCUAACUUCUGUUAUUUGUGAGAUUUGGUUUGCUAUUUCUUGGGUCUUGGAUCAAUUCCCCAAAUGGUGUCCCAUCAAUAGAAUCACUUUCACCGAUGAACUAUCCGCAAGGUAUGAAAGAGAAGGUGAGCCUUCGGAACUUGCGGCUGUUGACUUCUUUGUGAGCACAGUUGACCCUUUGAAAGAGCCUCCUCUAAUCACAGCCAAUACUGUACUUUCAAUCCUAGCCGUUGAUUACCCCGUUGAUAAAGUCUCAUGUUAUGUCUCGGAUGAUGGUGCUGCGAUGCUUUCGUUUGAAUCGCUUGUUGAAACCGCGGAGUUUGCAAGGAAGUGGGUCCCGUUUUGUAAACGGUUUUCAAUUGAACCACGUGCACCUGAAUUUUACUUCUCGCAAAAGAUCGAUUACUUGAAAGAUAAAAUCCAACCUUCGUUUGUAAAGGAACGUAGAGCGAUGAAACGGGAUUAUGAGGAGUAUAAAGUGAGGGUAAAUGCUUUAGUGGCUAAAGCUCAGAAAACCCCGGAAGAAGGAUGGACCAUGCAAGAUGGAACACCGUGGCCGGGAAAUAACACACGCGAUCACCCCGGCAUGAUUCAGGUUUUCCUAGGACACAGUGGGGCCCGCGACAUUGAAGGAAAUGAGCUUCCUCGACUAGUUUAUGUAUCUAGAGAGAAGAGGCCCGGAUAUCAACACCACAAAAAGGCCGGUGCUGAAAAUGCUCUGGUUAGGGUUUCUGCGGUUCUCACGAAUGCACCCUAUAUUCUUAAUUUGGAUUGUGAUCACUAUGUAAACAAUAGCAAGGCAGUUCGAGAGGCGAUGUGUUUCUUGAUGGACCCACUAGUUGGUCGUGAUGUUUGCUAUAUACAAUUCCCUCAAAGGUUUGAUGGUAUUGACCGAAGUGAUAGAUACGCCAAUCGAAACACGGUUUUCUUUGAUGUUAAUAUGAAAGGAUUAGAUGGCAUUCAAGGGCCGGUUUAUGUGGGAACGGGUUGUGUGUUCUAUAGGCAAGCUUUAUAUGGUUAUGGACCUCAAUCUCUACCCGCAUUAUCAAAGCCUUCUUCUUCAUCUUCGUGGUGUUGUUGUGGACCCAAGAAGCCUAAGAAAGAUCUAGAAGAGUUUCAACGUGAUUCUAGAAGAGACGAUUUAAAUGCUGCCAUUUUUAACCUUAAGGAGAUUGAAAGUUAUGAUGAUUAUGAGAGGUCAUUACUCAUAUCUCAAAUGAGCUUUGAGAAAACUUUUGGCAUGUCAUCUGUGUUUAUAGAAUCAACUUUAAUGGAAAAUGGAGGAUUAGCCGAAUCUGCAAACCCAGCCACCAUGAUCAACGAAGCAAUUCAUGUCAUUAGUUGUGGGUAUGAAGAGAAAACCGCAUGGGGCAAAGAGAUUGGAUGGAUAUAUGGAUCAGUUACAGAAGAUAUCUUGACAGGAUUCAAGAUGCAUUGUAGAGGAUGGAGAUCGAUAUAUUGUAUGCCAGUAAGACCUGCAUUCAAAGGAUCAGCUCCGAUCAAUUUGUCCGAUCGUUUGCACCAGGUUUUGCGAUGGGCGCUUGGAUCCGUCGAAAUCUUCUUAAGCAGACAUUGUCCGUUGUGGUACGGAUGGGGCGGCGGACGCCUGAAAUUGCUUCAAAGACUCGCGUAUAUAAACACCAUCGUCUACCCCUUCACCUCUCUCCCUCUAGUUGCAUACUGUACGUUGCCGGCAAUCUGCCUUCUCACCGGAAAAUUCAUCAUACCAACGCUUUCGAAUCUGGCAGCAGUUUGGUUUCUCGGCCUCUUCUUAUCGAUCAUUACAACCAGUGUAUUGGAAAUCCGAUGGAGCGGCGUUAGUAUCGAAGAGCUCUGGCGUAACGAGCAGUUUUGGGUGAUCGGUGGUGUCUCCGCCCAUCUGUUCGCCGUUUUCCAGGGAUUCCUGAAAAUGUUGGCGGGAGUGGAUACGAACUUCACCGUGACCAGCAAAUCCGCAGACGAUCUGGAGUUCGGCGAGCUUUAUAUGAUAAAAUGGACGACGGUUUUGAUCCCUCCGACGACGCUUCUGGUUGUGAAUUUGGUCGGAGUGGUGGCGGGAUUUUCCGAUGCGCUUAACAAAGGGUAUGAGGCGUGGGGCCCGCUGUUUGGGAAGGUGUUCUUUGCGUUUUGGGUGAUUCUUCAUUUGUAUCCGUUUUUGAAAGGGCUGAUGGGAAGGCAAAACAGGACUCCGACGAUUGUGAUUUUGUGGUCGGUGUUGUUGGCGUCGGUGUUCUCGCUUGUUUGGGUGAAGAUCGAUCCGUUUGUUAGUAAAGGAGAUUCGAGUCUUACUCAAGGAUGCAUUGAGAUUGAUUGUUGAUUGUUGGGUUUAAAUUGUAAUUUUUGAAAUUUAGAUCUUUUUGGUUCGAAUGAGUGCUGUGUAUGUUUGUUUGGAGAAAAUGUAAUUGAUGGGAAAACUUUAAU